AUGGCUGCAGAAGUCCAAGAGGUUAUUUUUGCCCUGGGGUGCUUGCUCCUUUAUUUAACUUUGGAAACCGAGGCCGAUCCGGAUGUCUCCUGCGUAUUUAACAGCAAGAAGUACAAGGCAGGGGAGAGCUGGCACCCAUACCUGGAGCCACAAGGAGUGAUGUACUGCAUCAGGUGCACCUGCUCUGAGGAUACCAAUGUCAGCUGCUCCCAAAUCCAGUGCCCGCCUCUUCAGUGUCCGAAUCCCAUCAGCGACCCACACCAAUGCUGCCCCAAGUGCCCAGAGCUGCUCACUCCGUCUGGGGUCCAGACACCAGCCAAUUCCUCCUGCCGCUACAAUGGCACGGCUUACCGGCAUGGCGACAUCUUCACCCACAACGAGCUCUUCCCUUCCAGGCAGUCAAAUCAGUGCACCCAGUGCAGUUGCUCGGAAGGUCACAUUUACUGCGGCCUGGUGACCUGCCCAGAGGUGCUGUGUGCCUCUCCCGAAACCAUGCCAGGCUCCUGUUGCCAAGUCUGCAGAGAUAAUUCCUUUGAGAGGUUGAUAGAAGAGCCCCAAUUAAACAGAGGUGUUAGGCACCCCCGUUACCACUGUGCUGUGGGCGCCGGGAGCAGAGGAUCUGCCGGAGCAGUUGAUCCCCCGACGGGCGCCUCGCUGGAACUCAUCCCCAAGAGCAUCAAGCAGAAAGUGGGGAGUGGCGGAACGACGGUCAGAAUCAUUCUGAAGGAGCAGAACAAAAAAGCUUGUGUGUACAACGGGAAGACCUACUCGCACGGAGAAGUGUGGCACCCCACGAUCCGCCACUUCGUGCUCCUGCCCUGCAUCCUGUGCACCUGCAAAGACGGGAGCCAGGAUUGCCGGAAGAUCACAUGCCCUAAGGAGUACCCCUGCGAGGAACCCGAAAAUGUGGAAGGGAAAUGCUGUAAAGUCUGCCCAGAGGACAAAGCGAUGCCCACCGAGAGCGGGGUCGACACCACCAGAUGCCAAGUGUCUGUCUACAUGUUUGUUCCGUCCUCCACCUCGGAGAACCCCAAAGAGAACUUGAGGAAGAUUGCGAUCGAGCGGGAAUCCUCGGAAGAUGUCGAGAUCUACAUCUGGAAGCUCGUGAAAGGAAUCUUUCAUUUGAUCCAGAUCAAGAAGGUCAAGAAACAGGAGUUCCGGCAAGAAGUGCAGAACUUCCGGUUGGUUUCCAGGACAAACGAAGCUUAUUGGAACACGUUCCUGGUGCAAGGCCCAGAGGCGAAGAUCUCCGAAAGUCCGGACAGAGAAAUAAAGAACUUGUAAAAGAUUGG